AAUUCCCCAAUCCCCAUUUUCAUCGCCGAUUCAUCUCCGCCAUUGAUCUGUGCACCACACAGCAAUGGCGUGAUUCAUGUUUAGCGCCAAAACCUGACAAGCGGUAGAAUCCCUUAUCCUACCCACCAGAUACACCUUUCCUCCCAGGGCUACCGAAGUCAUUUCACAUCCUUUGAUUCCUCAAUUGUAGCAAACUAAAACGAUCGAAGAACCGUCAACAACUUAUCGCUGCAACAGUGCGGCUAUGGUGUGUAGUCUUCCUUCUAAGUCUUGCUAUGGUUUGCUGCAUAAAUUGAAAAUUCCCAGAAUCUUGAGUUGCUGAGAAUGCUUUGUAGUUUAUGGUAUAUCUUUCCUUCAACUUUAUUCAAAGAAAAUCUCUUAGUUUUCUACAGUAGUUUGCGAAAUUAUCGUUUUUGAGAAGACAAGGUUUUUGUUAAUCUGCAGAAGCGGAAAGGUUGGAAUCUUGUGUACUGAAUUGGAUUUUUCUCGAAUUAAUUGUUUCCGGUGUUUCUAGCUUGUUUGUGGAUACAAAAAGUUUGAAAUUUUAUGAAUUGCUGCCAAUAGAAAGGAAUUUUCUGGCAGAAAACCUGUCUCCUUUAUCUUUAUUCUGGGAAUUUUGAGCUAUAGAGCUCUAGAAAUCUCUGGCGAGAAUGGCCACCAUCAAUGAAAUUGCUUCGCUUGCGUAUCUAGGAUUGACUCAAGGUCGUUCCUCAAGAGGCUCUGGUUUUGUCAAUUCUCCGAAGUGGCAGAAAUUGAGAGUUCAUGCCUGUUUCAGGGUUUCAGCUUGCAUGUCGGGUCAAAACCCUAGUUUUGCGGUUCCUCGAAAGGGGAAAUUUCGGGAAUUCAGGCUUUUCAAUUCGGUUGAAUUAGAUAGCUUUGUUACCAGUGAUGACGAGGAAGAAAUGGGGGAAGGGUUUUUCGAGGCGAUUGAGGAACUGGAACGGAUGACGAGGGAGCCCUCUGAUGUGCUUGAGGAAAUGAAUGAGAAAUUAUCUGCCAGAGAGCUGCAAUUGGUUCUGGUGUACUUUGCUCAGGAAGGGAGGGAUUCGUGGUGUGCAUUGGAGGUGUUUGAGUGGCUUAGGAAGGAGAAUAGAGUUGACGAGGAAACAAUGGAGCUCAUGAUUUCGAUAAUGUGUGGGUGGGUUAAGAAGUUGAUUGAGUCGAAGAGUGAGAGUGGGGACGUGGUUGACCUUCUGGUGGACAUGGACUGUGUAGGGUUAAAGCCGAGCUUUAGUAUGAUUGAGAAGGUGGUUUCUUUGUACUGGGAGGCCGGUGAGAAGGAGGGAGCUGUGGCGUUUGUGAAGGAGGUGCUUAAGAGGCAGAUUGCUUACUCUGUCGGUGAUUCUGAAGGGCACAAGGGUGGUCCAACAGGCUUUCUUGCUUGGAAGAUGAUGGAGGAAGGGAAUUACCGAGAGGCAGUGGAAUUAGUGGUUAACAUGAGAGAUUGUGGAUUGAAGCCAGAGGUAUACAGCUAUUUAAUUGCAAUGACCGCUGUGGUAAAAGAGCUAAAUGAAUUUGGAAAAGCUCUACGGAAGCUAAAGAAUUUCACAAAAGCCGGUCUAGUUGCUGAGCUGGAUGUCGAAAAUGUUGCUUCCAUAGAGAAAUACCAGUCAGAUCUUCUGGCUGAUGGCGUGCGCUUGUCCAAUUGGGCAAUUCAAGAGGGCGGUCCAUCCCUCUACGGGGUGGUUCACGAGAGGCUUCUUGCAAUGUACAUAUGCUCGGGCCAUGGAGUCGACGCCGAGAGACACUUGUGGCAAAUGAAGCUUAUUGGUAAAGAAGUUAACAGAGACCUUUAUGACAUUGUAUUAGCUAUAUGCGCCUCCCAAAAGGAAGCGGGCGCCAUAGGAAGACUACUCACCAGAAUGGAGACAUCGAGUUCUCUGCAGAAGAAAAAAACUCUGUCUUGGCUGAUGAGAGGCUACAUCAAAGGCGGGCAUUUUGAGAAUGCUGCAGAAACACUAACGAAAAUGCUCGACUUGGGUCUGCACCCGCAGUUUUUGGACAGAGCGGCUGUCCUUCAGGGACUAAGACGAAGCAUCCAACAGUCGGGAGGGCUCGAGACUUAUCUCAACCUCUGCAAACGCCUCUCAGACGCAGAAUUGGUUGGCCCGUGCCUCGUUUAUCUGUAUAUAAAGAAACACAGGCUUUGGAUAAUGAAAAUGCUUUGAGUAACACAGGAGAAGGAAGAAGGUGUGGAUUCUGAAGCUCAUUAUUUGUUCACCAGAAUGUGUAUAAUAUGUACAGUUUCAGAUGGCUUGAGAACAGCCUGCUGAUAGUGUGAGGACUGGGCUCUGUGACUUUCUUGAGAGUUUCUGAACACUGUUAAGUUUCUGGUUCUCAAGUCAUCAUGCCCAUAUAUAUAGUCUGUAAAAAUAAUCAAUAAAUCUCAACGGUAUAAAAGAACAUAUUUAUAUAAUUAUUACAGAGUAUAUCCAUGCUCCA